AUGAGCUCGAAUGCAUCGCCCGCGGACUUUCUUCUUUCUCGGAGCUCGAUCGUCGUUGUUUGCCCGAUGACCUUUGCGGCGGCGUAUUUGGCCGCGCACCCGAUCCAGUGCCCGUCAUGUGGUAGCAACCGCAUCUCGAUGCAUGGAUGGAGCGAGAGCUUUCGCCCGGUUGUCGACCUCGACUGUAACAUGCUUAUCAAGGCACGUCGUUACAUGCACCGCGACUGCUCGUCUGCCGCCGCUCGUGGCCGAAAGCAUACGUCGUUCUCGGCCCUCAACUCGCAUCUUAUUGCUGCGUUGCCGCCUGUGGUGCGUGAGCGCCUGUAUCCGUUCCAGAUACGUCAGAAGACGGUCAUCUCGACGGCGUUUGCGCGCCAAGUGCAUGAAUCGAAGGUGAGCGGCGCCAGCUUCGCCCAGAUUGCGUCGCUGCAGAAGGCUACGUUGUGGCUCAGGUCUCCGGGUCUUUUUACCAACUCCAACCCGAUCGUCGCCUUUCCUUCGUUUGGCCACUGCUUGCGCUUCCCGCUCGUUGGUCCAGGCCUAGUGCGCGACAUCUACUGCGGCGAAAUGCGUCGCUUGGAGGCGCUGCAGCAAGCGGCCAUAGCAGCGACGACGGCGGAGCACCUGUGCGGCGACCAUACGUUUUUCGUUGCGAAGCACGGGCGAGACGCUGACGGCAAGCAGGGCUUUACAGCGGUCUUUACCAUGAUGAACCAGCUCAGCGAGGUCGUCGGGUUCUGGGUCACGCGGUCGAAGAGCCUGAAAGAGAUCGAGAAGGAGAUCGAGAUGCUCAAGGCGCGGCUCGGCGAUAUCAAGGGGAUUUGGAUCGACAACCCCGACUCAGACGAGGCUUUCCUCUUGGACAAAUUCCCGGAGGCCGCCGUCAGGCGCGACCUCUUCCACGUGCUGCAAGAGUACUUUCGUGAGUGCUCGAGCAUGCCGCUCCGAUCUUUGUUCAUGGCGAACGUCGCCAACGCGUUCUUCUCGCUCGAUCAAGACGACGUUGACGCCCUCACGGCAAAACUCCGUGACAAGGGCGUUGACGUCGACAAGCUUACGCCGGCGUUCUUCCGGUCGCACCGCUCCGUGCGUACCUAUGUACCCGACGAUGCACGCGCGGCGAUAGCGGAACGACUCGAGGCUGCUGUGCAACAGUACCGAGGGAAAGACUUGUUCAAGAGUGGCUUUGAGAAGCUGCACUUGGCCAUUCUCAAGCAGCUCGAGCAAGGCAAGCUGACGGACCCGCCCAACGAAACCAUGCAUGCCAACAUCAACCCCGACGGAGACCCCCACUACGUGACGUUCCGGUCGUCCUCGCAGCUCGAGUCCUUGCACAAGUUCCUCCAAGCUUGCUUCCACGGGUUUAACGGGUCCUACGAGCUGCUCCACAUCCUCCUCUUGGAUCGCAUCAGCCGCUGGAACAUGCACAAGAGCCGGCAUUUGGCCAAGCGCGAGGUUUUUGUCUGCAGCGUCGACCUCGCGCUCGUUACCAACAUCAUCUCGCUCAGCACCGAGCUUGGCCUUGCGGUACCUGCGUGCUUUUCGGGCUACACCACAAUCGAGCCUCAUUGGCCGAGUGGCGAGACACCGUCGCUGGAGAAGGAGCUCUUCGGUCUGGCGCGGCCGCUGCGCACAUCGGAGACGGGGCUCGCCGUCGAGGCCCACAUCCGCAAAAUGGGCGCGAAUGUUACGCCAAGCUCGAUCAAGGACCUGCUCGAGACUCCAGGCUUUGUUGCAAGAGCGGCUAAGAUCAAGAUGUCAGCCAGUGCAAAGUGGCUCGCGCGUCGCAUGAGCCUUCACGAGCUACCUACCUUUGUCGCGGACGGCAUCGAGGACGAGCUCUUCAAGGCCAUGCUCCCGGGGUUCUACCCAAAGACUGACAAGUCCAUGGAGCACAAGAUCGAGCACGCGAAGACGAGCAAGAUGGCCAUGGAGUGGAACUCUCUUCUGCUCUAUGCUAUCUCGGCGGGCCAGAACUACGUUCGGUACAACGAAAAGAUCUAUUUCAUCGAUACGAUCCGCUACAAGGACGCCAAGCACAUCAAGGCGGCUUGCAAGGCCUUCCUCGCUGCCAUCGAGGUCGCCGCAGCUCACGGCGGCACUCGUGAAGGUCUGGACGAAAUGAGAGAGACACGCAAAGGCUUCUCGUCAGCGCCCAGCGCCCACUGGCUCAACACUCGUCGCCUACGGGGCUUUGUGAUGUGGCUCCCAUCCAGCUCGUGA